UUUUUUAUAUAUUAAGCUGUCAAAGUUCAGUUGAUGGCAUUAUUUGUCGCAAUGACAAAAUAAAACUGAUUUUUCAUUGACAAAAUUCUGAGUUGAUCAAAUAAUACCUAUUUUCGAAAUAUAUGAAUGAUGGAGGUUGAUCAUGUGACCAUCCCUAUUGGCGAUUCCAAUCAGCAACAAGAGACGAUACCAACAGAAACUGAAAAAACUUUUCCAGAAUGGAAAUCUCUUACUGAUGCUAAAAUCGAGGAAACAGAAAGCAAAACCAAUGACGAAGAAGCUCAUUCAGAAGUAUCCAGCAUGCAAAUAGAAAAUGAAAUCGCUUCGAAUUCCUCCAAGGAAAUAAAAAUAUACGAUGAGCAUAUGAGAAGCAAUCUACAGCAUAGCAUUUAUAACUAUAUCAGCGGAAGUUGCGUAUUCCUUGUAAACAAGGUUAUGAUUCCAUUCGGGGAACAUGUUCUCUUGAAUUCCACUGUAUGGACUAUUCUGAAAGUAGCAUUGGAAAUAUUUCUGGAGAUGUUAUUAUAUAUUAUUUUAGCAAUUUGUUACGUCUUCCUAAAAUUUAUAUCUCAACUAGAAAAAAACAAUAAACCAAAGAAGAAUGAAGAAGAAACAACAGUCAGCUGAAUCUUUAUGCUCACAAUAUAUUUUUACAAGUU